AUUUUUUCCCUUCUUCCCUUCACUCCUUUUCUCCUUCCCCUUCAUGAAACCCCACCCCCACCCCCACCGUCGCCAUCAAAUCCCAGUCAAAACCCUCACUCCAUAACCCUAAUUCCACAUCUAGAAAACAUUUCUAAGUAUUCUUACGAUUCAAAAUGUCGAGACGAACACUUCCUCUCCUCGGGCACCUCCUCUCCCGCUCUCGAUUCACCCGAUCCGUAACCUACAUGCCCCGUCCCGGAGAUGGUGCACCCCGUGCUGUUACCCUGAUACCCGGUGACGGCGUCGGCCCACUCGUCACGGGCGCUGUGGAGCAGGUGAUGGAGGCGAUGCACGCGCCGGUGUACUUCGAAAAAUACGAAGUCCAUGGUGAUAUGAAGAGCGUGCCCCCGGAGGUGAUUGAAUCAAUUAAGAAGAAUAAGGUUUGCCUUAAGGGCGGGCUGAAAACGCCUGUGGGUGGAGGGGUCAGCUCGCUGAAUGUGUUGUUGAGGAAGGAGCUUGAUCUUUAUGCUUCCCUUGUGCAUUGCUUUAAUCUGGAGGGGCUCCCUACUCGGCACGAGAAUGUCAAUAUUGUCGUGAUUCGGGAGAACACAGAGGGCGAGUACUCAGGCCUCGAGCACGAGGUUGUUCCUGGAGUUGUAGAGAGCCUUAAGGUGAUUACAAAGUUCUGUUCAGAACGAAUUGCAAAAUAUGCCUUUGAGUAUGCCUAUCUCAACAACCGGAAGAAAGUGACUGCUGUACAUAAAGCAAAUAUUAUGAAACUUGCUGAUGGAUUAUUUUUAGAAUCCUGUCGUGAAGUUGCUAGUAAGUACCGCAGCAUCCAAUACAACGAGAUGAUCGUGGAUAAUUGCUCAAUGCAACUUGUUUCCAAGCCAGAACAAUUUGAUGUUAUGGUAACUCCAAAUCUCUAUGGGAAUCUGGUUGCAAAUACAGCUGCUGGAAUUGCUGGCGGAACUGGUGUCAUGCCAGGUGGGAAUGUGGGGGCUGAUCAUGCCAUUUUUGAACAAGGUGCUUCUGCGGGUAAUGUAGGAAAUGAGAACUUAGUGGAGCAAAAGAAGGCAAAUCCAGUAGCUUUGCUGCUUUCUUCAGCUAUGAUGCUAAGACACUUACAGUUCCCUUCAUUUGCUGAUCGACUGGAAACUGCAGUGAAGCGAGUCAUAGCAGAGGGUAAAUACCGAACUAAAGAUCUCGGCGGUGACAGUACCACCCAAGAAGUUGUGGAUGCUGUCAUUGCAAAUCUUGACUGAACUUUUUGCAAUCUGCGGGGCUGCUGGACUUUGCAGUAGGUUGUGAGCCAAUCUUGAGUAUCAUUCUUGUAAUGUUUUUUUCUUUUUUUUUUAUUUUACAUAUUUGAUUUUUGUGCUCCCAUAUUCGGAGUCAAAUAAUGACAAGAGAAUCUUCUCAGUACGACAAAUUCAAUCAUGAUCACAUUUAAUCGUGUGCAAUGUAAUUUGGUUGACACUUCUGGAAUCUA